UCUUCCUCACCAAAAAACCAAUAUCCAAUCCAAUCCAAUCCAAUCCAAUCAUCGGUAUUGGACACUCUUCUUCGACUAAAUCAAAACUCAAAUUCUUAUCUCUUCAACCACAACACAUUAGGAGGAUAAUCUUAUUCGUGAAUUCAUACUCCAAGAAAAACCAGUAAUUUCUCAUCACAAAUUCGCAAUACGCAAAAAGAUGUCGGUGAAAGGAGCAGCCCUGCAGAAAGAUGUUCCGUGGAGGGCGUCGACGGCUGCAAAACCUAUUCCUAAAAUUCACCACUCUCCCAUUCUCCGCCUCCCUCAGAAUCCUUAUUCUCAAUUUGCCCUUUCUGUUAUGAAGCAUGAUGAUCCAAUUGGGAGUGGCCUAGGGAAAGAGGCUGUGGUUGAAGCUGCAGGGCCAGACUGCAUUGUGCCUGGGCAAACUGUACCCAUCAAGUUACUUGGUCUCAAGGUAUGGCCAAUAGAAGUGGACUUGAAGUUUAUGGAACCUGUUGGGCGGGAACUCAAAUCAAUUGGCAAAUUCAUGGAUUCAGCCGUUGAUCUUAUGAACAAGUCGUUUAUUGAUCGCUAGCGAGAUUAUCAAGUGUGCUGCUAGCAGCGUAUCUGGAGAGGGAAGCCAAUAUUUUUUUAUGUAAUAAUCUGAAUGUGUUGUAUUUUUGGUGUGGAGGCCUGUACAUUCAAGAGUUGAAUCAAAUGAGCGAUACCAUUCAAGUGA